AUGAAGGAGCUGAAUCUUCCCGCCUACCGAUUUUCCAUCUCCUGGUCUCGGCUGCUGCCCAAGGGCCGAGGGGAGCCGAACCCCGAGGCCAUCAAGUUCUACCGCGGCCUGUUGGACGAGCUCUUGAAGAACAACAUCAAGCCCCUGGCUACCAUCUAUCACUGGGACCUCCCCCAGUGCCUGGAGGAUGAGUAUGGCGGUUGGCUCAGUCGUCAGGUGAUUGACGAUUUCGAGCACUACUCGGCCACUUGCUUCAAAUGCUUCGGCGACAAGAUCCAGUCGUGGAUCACCUUCAACGAGCCUUGGUGCUCCACUGUCUUGGGCUAUGCAAAUGGCGAGAUGGCCCCGGGCAAGAAGGAGAAGCCGGAUACCGAGCCCUACAUCGCAGCGCACCACAUCAUCCUCAGCCACGCUCGGGCGGUCAAGACCUAUCGCGAGAAGUUCCAGGCGAAGCAAGGAGGUCAAAUCGGCAUCACGCUGAACAUGGACUGGAGGCAUCCGCUGACGGAGGCCGAGGGCGAUAAGGCCGCUGCACAGCGUGCGCUCGACUGGCAGCUCGGAUGGUUCGCGGAUCCCAUCUGGAAGGGCGACUACCCGGAGAGCAUGCGAAAACGCUGCGGGGACCGACUGCCGUCCUUCACCGAGGAGGAGAAGCAGCUGAUCAAGGGGACUUCGGAGUUCUUCGGCCUGAACCACUACUCCACCGCUUAUGUGGCUGCACCAAAGGGGAAGGCCCAGACCCUCUCCAUGUGGGGGAAUGUACAAGCCGGCGGGUACUUCGAUGACCAGGAGGUGGAGCUCAUCGACGAUCCACGGUGGGGUCGCUCUGACAUGGACUGGGGCGUGGUGCCCUGGGGCCUGAAACACAUGUGCGAGUACAUCCAGAAGGAGUACCAGCCUCAAGGAGGAAUCCUCGUGACCGAGAACGGCUGUGCCGUCGCGGAUGACGAUGUCCAAGUCGCGAAGUAUGAUGCCUUCCGUGUGGACUUCUACCAAGGGUACAUCGCCCAGAUGCACCGGGCGAUCCAAGCCGGUGCUGAUGUACGAGGCUACUUUGCCUGGUCCUUGAUGGACAACUUCGAGUGGGCUCUCGGGUACUCCAAGCGGUUUGGGAUGGUGCACAUCGAUUAUGAGACGCAACAGAGGACACCAAAGCAGUCUGCAUUGUUCAUCUCGGAGAUUGCGAAGUCGAACAAGCUGAUUCUGCCUGUAUCCGCGCUGGAGGAGUCCGACUUCGUGAUGAUCGAAGAGGGGGCUGGGCGCAAGACGACCAAGGACGCACCGCCGGGCCAGAAAUGA